AUGGAAGAGGACAACGAGGUCGGACUGCCGCAAAAAGGGCUCAACAUGAUAAUCAAGGAAGUCGUUCCGGAGAUGCGGAUCGCAAAUGAAGCUCGGGAGAUGAUCAACCAAUGCUGCGUGGAAUUUGUGAAGCAUGUUUCUCGGGAAGCGCAGAAUAUAUCGUCUCACGACCAGCGGAAGACGAUCUACCACGAGCACGUACAGCGGGCCCUAUAUAACCUUGGAUUCCCGCCGGACUAUGUCGAGGCGGCUGAUAGCGUGCUCGGCGAAUGCAAAGUCGCCGCUGAAAAGAAGUUACGGCGGAAGAAUUCCCGUCUGGACAAAUGUGGCAUCCCGGAGGAGGAGCUUUAUAUGAUGCAACAGAAGCUGAUCGAGCAAGCUCGUCUUCAACAAGAACGGCAGGCAGCAAUGCAAGCGGGUAGUUCAGCAGAGGUCCCCCAACCGCAGCUCUUCAACCAGCCUGCCCCCACGGAUUUAGACGAUGAAUAUGAUGUC